UUGGCCUCCCAAAAUGCUGGGAUUACAAGCAUGAACCACCACGCCUGGUCUGAUUUUGGAAAAAUUAAAGAAUCUGGAGAUAGCUUGGUAAUAGAGACCUAGAUGGUUUGGGAUUCCUAUUUUAUGUAAGGUAAGAAUUGGCUUUUUGCUUGGAUGACUUCUUUAGACUGGAUUUCAGUAUGGCCAAGGGGAGGACUGGUGUUUGGAGCCAGUGCUGGUGCCGAGAAGGGCCAUACCCCAGCCCAGUGCUCUGCACCUCACAGAGUGCUAGUUGGCUUCCUGUGAAAAACCACCUCUGACUUCACUUUUUUGUGCCGCUUGCUGUGUUUUGCUCCUGUGAAUUCACAGAUGGAUUCAGUGGAAAAGGCAACACAUAGAAGUGAACAAAAAUCCAGUAGAAAGUUUUUAAAAAGCCUCAUCCGGAAGCAGCCCCAGGAACUGCUCUUGGUUAUCGGGACUGGCGUCAGCGCAGCCGUGGCCCCAGGAAUCCCUGCCCUUUGCUCGUGGAGAAGCUGCAUCGAGGCCGUCAUUGAGGCUGCAGAGCAGCUGGAGGUGCUGCACCCCGGGGACGUUGCCGAGUUCCGGAGGAAAGUGACCAAGGAUCGCGACCUGUUGGUUGUUGCCCAUGAUCUGAUCCGGAAGAUGUCACCUCGCACAGGCGACACCAAGCCCAACUUCUUCCAGGACUGCCUGAUGGAGGUGUUUGACAAUCUGGAGCAGCACAUCCAGAACCCUCUGGUGCUGCAGUCGAUCCUCAGCCUGAUGGAGAGGGGCACCAUGGUCCUGACCACCAACUACGACAACCUGCUGGAGAUCUUUGGCCAGCAACAGAACAAGCCCAUGGAGUCUCUGGACUUGAAGGACAAGACCAAGGUCCUUCAGUGGGCGAGAGGACAUAUCAAGUACGGUGUUCUUCACAUUCAUGGCCUCUACACAGACCCCUGUGGGAUGGUAUUGGAUCCAUCAGGAUAUAAAGAUGUCACUCAGGACCCGGAAGUCAUGGAUAUGUGCAAGACCUUGCCACUCAGAUCUGCAGACAGCGAAGCCCAGAUGCUGAUCGAGUGGACAGCACCACGCUACUGGGUAAUACAUGCCAGGACUGUGCAAAGAGGAAGUCAGAGGAGAAUGGAAUUGAAGUUUCAAAAAAACUCAGACAACCAGAUACUGGUAUUGUGUCUUUUUUUUUGUGGGGAGCUGCCUCAGAUGAUGCUGGAGGGUCUUGAAAUACUUAAAACCAGUAAAACUUGCAACUUGAAAACCAGCCUUCUGUAACCACAGUGCCAUGCCCAAACCAAGAGGAAUGUACGGAGAACUCCACGUGGAUCUCCGACUGCGAAACAGUCACAUACACCAAGAGAGCCACUUGGGUGUGUGGCCCUCAGGGCUGGGUGAGAGGGCUCCCGUGUGUUGAACCGUGCAGGAGGUGACACGGGCACACUUCAGGUGGACUUUGUGAGGACUGAUGGACAGCUACCUCAGGGGCCAGAAUCAGUGGGAAGGGGUGGAAACUGGUGUUCCCGUUCCCAUCUGACAGGCUCACUUUUUCCUAAUAAAAGGGGAGAGUAAAGACUGUCCAGGCAAUAGUAGUUACCAAAGAGAAAAUAAGGGGAAAAAAAAAAUUAUAUAUAUAUGUAUGUGUGUGUGUGUGUG